AUGACAGGUUCUAAAAGGAAACAACGUUUGAGACCUCCAAAAUUGUACAAAGAUUAUAAAAAUAGAAGAUCGAUUAAUGAUAAUAACUUUAGAGAGUUGGUUUUAAGGAAAACAAUUGAUGAUAAAAAAAUUGAUCAACCCAUUUUAGUGGAGAUUGAUCCUAUCAUAAAAAAAGAAUUGGAUGAAAUAAAAACAUCGAUGAACAAAAAAUUAAAUAUUGAUAAUAAUGAUAAAUUAGAAAAAAUACAAACAAGAGCAGAAAAGCAAAAACAAAGAGAUGAGAUGGCAGCAAACUUAGCAUUGACUAAUGAGAGAUUGGCAAAGAUGGAGUUAAAUAGUUUAGAAGCUAAUCAAAAAGAUGAUGAUGAAUGGCGAAGAAAGUUUGAAGUUGCAGAGAGAAAAGCAAGAGAAGCAGAAGAGAAUUUUAUUAUUAUUGAAGAUUUAAUGAAAGUAAAUAAAGAAAAGUUUGAGAAACAAAUUAUAGAAGCGAGACAUGAAGUAGAGAAAGAGCAAAUAAAAGAACAGAUAAAUCAAUUCAUUAAUAGAAAAAAUAUAACUGGUUUGUCGAGCAUUCCAUUAAAUAACCCAUUUGAAUCAUUCCAAUAUUAUACUAAAGAUAUGAAUGAUAAACAAAAAGGUAGUGUAACAAAGAAAAAUGAAAAAGGAUUUGCUCAAUUACUCAAAUCAUUCAGUAAUCGACUAACCACUGAUAAUUUUAAUAAUAUCAUGCAUAUUUAUAGUCAAUUAGAACGAUCAAGAGAUUACAACAGACGAAAUGAUAUGUUAAAGGAAAUCUAUAUGAGCUUCCAACCUCAACCAAGGAAUGUAGCACUCCCUGUCGAUCUUGUUCAACCACCGCAACAACAAGGUGGAAUGUCUAUAUACUAUGAACCAGAUCUCGAGAUACCCAUCAUCGGCGAAGGUGAUAGGAAUGAUCAAAAGAGGUUAGAAGAAGGUAGUUCUUCUGAUGAAAGCGUGAUAGACCGUCGCAACGGUUCAGGGUUAUAUGAUUACCAGAUUGAAGAGAUCAUGGCACCUUAUAAAGAUCGUGGUUUUGUUGGCGUUAUCCCAAGCGACAUGGUUAGUUCACUUCCCGCAAAUAAGAAGAUGUCGUUCAUAAUGAAUCUUGAUCCAUCAGAUCAACCAGGUAGUCAUUGGGUUGCAUGUUAUAUAGAUGGUCGGGAUGACCGUAUCGCACACCAAGAUAAAGAUCGGAGCGUAAGUGUUUAG